AUGCCAGACGGCGGGGAAGGUGGGGACAGGAGCUUUGGCUGGGAGAGCCCUUUGCAGAGGGGACAGAAACGAGCCGGGGAGCCCCCAGAGCCCCGGCACGGCUGCGGGCUGGGGACGGCUCCCUGCAGGGACUUCCCCCGCCUAAUCCUCGCCCUUCCCGCGGCAGCAGGGCCGGCCUCUGGCUGCCGGACGAGGUGCGAGUCGGGGAGAACCUGGACAAAAACCCCUGUUGUCGCCGGCCGCCACCUCGGCCGCGGGAGCCCCGGAGCAGCGGCGCGAACACGCAGCCUUCCCUCGGCCGCCCCAGCGCCGCGUCCCCCGAGAGCUGCGAGCGGCUGCGGUUGCUCUUACUGGCCUACUUUCCGGGCUACGUCAAAGCCGGGCUUACGGAGCCGGGAGCCGCGGCGAGGGCGGCCGAGCAGCUCCCGGUGCCAGCGGGGAGCGGGGGCUAAUCCCGGCCCUGGGCAGCCCAGCCCGGCUGGCACACGCGGGGCGCUGGGCACCGGGGCUGCUGUGGGGCUGGGGACGUGCCGAGGCAGCGGCACAGCCACCGCGGGGUCCCCCGGGACAGGGACCCACCGGGAGAGCCGGAGCCCGAGCCCAAGGGCUGCUCCAGCGCAGUGGAGCUGCCGGUGCAGCCACGCUCCUGCACCCGCCAUCCUGAGAGGCCAGUGGGAGCGGGAUGGACCCCCGGCCAUCGUCCGCCCCCGGGGCCGCUCCACGCCCGAGCGCGGUGUCACCGCACGGGGACGGGUGAGGCGGUGGCGGCACCGCGUCCCCCGCCCCGGGACCAGCCGGUACUGCCCGUCCCCGCUCAGCCCCCGCGCCGUGGGCCGGGGGGGGCGCAUCCCGCUCUCCCCUCCGGGUCGCGCAGGAACGGGGACCCCCGCGGCCCCCCCAGCUGUCGGUACGCGGGGGCCGGGCGGAGGGGGGCGGCGGGGCCGGGGCGAGGGGCCGAGGGAAAGGAGCGGGCACGGGGCGGUGCUGCGCGGGGCCCGGCACGGCCCGGGGCGGCGUGGCCGGGCAGGGCCGGGCCGGGCAGCCGGUGCCCGCACGGCGGGGCCGCGCCAGGGCGCUGCGGGGCCGCCGGUCUCCGAGGCCCGUGCGGGGGCCGGGGGCGGCGCGGCCCCGGGCCAGGCGAGGCUGUCAGCGCCGGGGCGGUGCGGGACGGUGCGGGGCGGGCCCGGCGGGGCACCGCGGGGGGUGCGGCGGCCUCCGGGCCUGCGGGCCCCGGUGCCGCGGGCGGGGGCCGGUGACAAACUUGCGGCCGCUGCACCGUGCCGUGCCGUGCCGCUCGGUGCCCCGCAUGGCGUGGGGGAGGUGCCUCGACCCCCGCCCGGGGCCGCCCCCGCCCCGCAGGGCUGCGCGCCCGGCGGGGCAUCGGGCAGGGGGGGUACGGGGCCCGGGAGGUCACCCAGCGGCAUCGUCGCCGGAGCAGGGGCCCUGCGCCCAUCUGGGCUGGACAGGCGGAUCCGCGCCCGCUCCACCGCCGCUCCGCUCCGUGCCGCGCCGAGCCCCGGGCGCGGCGGCCUCCCCCCCGCGCCCCUCCCGGGGCCGCGCCGGGCGCGGAGCCCCCUCCCUCCCUCCCCGCGCUCCCUCCCUCGCUCCCUCCCCGCGCCCGCCCGUUCCCUCUCCGGACCGGCCCCCCCGCGCGGGCCGGGGCGCGCGGCACGCCGGGACCCGCAGUCCGCGGGGCGGCUCGGCGGCUCCCGGCCCCGGCGGACGGACUACGGCUCCCGGCAGCCCGCGCGGCCGCGGCUCGCUCUCGCCCUCACACUCCGGCUGCCGCUGCCAGUGUCUCCGCCGCCGCCGUCGCCGCCGAACCGCCGCUCGCAGCGCCCGGGGUCCGACCCGCCGCCUGGGGCAGGGGCCCGCCCCGGCCCGCCGCCCCUCGCCGCCCGCCCGCCUCGGGAAGCAGGUGCGUGCCCGCCGCCCCGCGCCGCCCCGCGCCGGACCCCGGCCCCCGCUGCCCGGGCACCCCGGGCCCGCGCCGCCCCGCACCCACGGCCGGCGAGGGCAAGCGGGGCGGGGGGGAGCGGGCGACCCGACCUCCACUCCCGGCCGUCCGGCCGGGGUCUCCAUGGAAACGGUCCCGGGACACCCCCGGGGGCGGUGGCGGGGAGGCGCGGGGGGGGUGGUGGUGGUGCGGGGUUGGGGGGGGGACGGCAGCGUCCUGCGGCGGGACAGCGGCGGGGGCGCGGCGGGGCGGUGGGCACUGACAGCGCCGGGCGGGGGGCAGCGAAGGGGCGGCGGCGGCGGCUCCGGCUCCCCGCCCCGCGACGGCGCGGCGGUGCCGCUGCCCUGCCCGGCGCGGCGUCUCCGGCACCGGCGGCACCUGCCGCUGCCGGGGCGGUGCGGGGGGUCCCGGGGCGGGGCGGGGCGGCCGCGGAGCGCGGCGCUCCCGGGGCGGCGGCGGGACGGCGGCGCCGGGCGCUCGCGGAGUUUGGCGGCGUGGCCCGAGCCCGCCCCGGCCGUCACCGUGCCCGGGGCCGGUCCGGCCGCGGGUGCCGGCCGGGCGGGCGCCGGGCGGUGGCGGAAGAGCCCUCCCCGGGGGCAGCGCGGCCGCCGCCACCUCCAUGUCCGGGGCUGCCCCGGUGCGGCAGCGCGGGGACCCGGCCGCGGCCGCCGGGGCUGCGGGACGCUCCGCCGAGGAGCGGCCCCGGGGGCAAACUGUUGAGCCGGGGGCUGCGGGAGCCGCCGCGGGGCAGCGCCGCGGGGCCUUGCCCCGGGCAGGGCUGCGGGGUGCGGGGCGAAGCCCCCGGAGCGGCCGCGGGGAACGCCGUGUCCCGGGCGGGGGGGUGCCCGCCCCGCGGGGCCGUGGGCCGUGCCGCGGCCUCGCGGGGCUCGGGAGUGGGACGUGCCGUGCCGCGGGCGGGGACCUCGGCCGCGAAACCCCCGCGGUCCCGGCCUCGGGGCGGGCUGGGGCUGGGGCCGGGGCGGUGCCGCUCCGCGCCGACGCCCCCCGCGGCCGGGGCGGGGCGGCGGGGGCGGCCGGUCCCCCCGCCCGUGCCCACGGUGAUGGCCGGGCAGCGGCAGGACCGGGCGGAGGAGGCGGCGCUUCCUGCCGCUCUUACCGGGGAGGAAACCAGCCCUCCCGCGGCGGUGUGGUCGGUACCGGGAGGAGUCCUGGCUCCUCGGUGA